AAUAUAAUUUAUUUUGCUGGGAACUCCUGUCGCACGAUUGUAUUGCACCGAAAGCAAGUAAAUUUUCCGAAAUGGCCUUCCAAAAAUCACAUUAGGAGCUGUUAUAUUGGUUGCGCCUUUUCAUUUCUUUUCAAUAAAACACUGCUGAAAAUAGACAAUAUUCAUGUAGUAAAUAUAUUUUACCAAGGAACUUUGUAUCUGGAUUAUUUAUAUUAGCUAUAAACAAAAAGAGGUGCAGCAUUGCUGGAAUUUAAUUUUUUUAGAAAACAAUCUACUAUUAUUAAAAUUGUGGUUUAGCAGAAAUUUUAGAAUUGUAGCACUAUGUUUGAAAACUGCUGCCUGACAGAAGAGGCCAAAGAGCAAAAAAGAAUAAAUGAUGAAAUCGAAAGACAGUUAAAGAAACACAAGCGUGAUUCUAGAAGAGAGUUAAAACUGCUAUUACUAGGUACUGGAGAGUCUGGAAAAAGCACAUUUAUUAAACAGAUGAGAAUUAUUCAUGGACAAGGUUAUACAGAAGAUGAUCGACGCGGCUAUACCAAUCUUGUAUUUUUAAAUAUAUACCAAGCUAUGCAAGCAUUGACAAGAGCGAUGAGAAAUUUAAAAAUUAGUUAUAGUAACCCAGCCAAUGAGGAAAAUGCCAGGUUAAUUCUAGAUGUUGAUUUAUCUGAAGAUAAAUCUCGAACAACAAUAACAUUAAGCCCACAGUAUGCAAGUGCUAUAGAAUCUCUUUGGAAAGAUAGUGGAAUUCAAGAAGUAUAUGAUAGAAGGAGAGAGUAUCAGCUUUCUGAUUCUGCGAAGUAUUACCUUAGCGAUUUAAAACGUAUAUGUGCUCCUAAUUUUGUGCCCACAAUGCAAGAUGUGUUGCGUGCAAGAGCUCCUACUACAGGGAUUAUUGAAUACCCAUUUGAUUUGGAUACAAUAAUUUUUAGGAUGGUUGAUGUUGGGGGUCAAAGAUCUGAAAGGCGAAAAUGGAUUCAUUGUUUUGAAAAUGUUACAUCAAUCAUGUUUUUAGUAGCUCUUAGUGAAUAUGACCAAGUAUUAUUUGAGUCACAGAGUGAGAAUCGCAUGGAUGAAAGCAAAGCACUAUUUAAAACAAUCAUUACAUAUCCUUGGUUUCUUCAAUCGUCUAUAAUACUUUUUUUAAACAAAACCGAUUUGUUAGAAGAGAAGAUACAGAAAUCAGAUCUUCAAACAUAUUUCCCAGAAUAUGAUGGUGCAAAAGGAGACGCAAAAGCAGCGAAAGAGUUUAUACUUAAAAUGUUUGUCGAUUUGAAUCCUGACACAGACAAGAUAAUUUAUUCGCAUUUUACGUGCGCUACGGACACUGAGAACAUUCGAUUUGUAUUCGCUGCAGUUAGGGAUACCAUCUUGCAAUUAAAUCUUAAAGAAUAUAAUCUUGUGUAAGCAGAAUAAUUUAACUGUAUACUACUAUAGCGUAGCACUUUACAAUUAUAAAUAAACAAGAUGCAUCCGCUACACGCAGCUUGUGUUGAUGACAUGUAUUAUUGGAAAAAAUGUAAAAACCCGACAUCUUCGCUUUUCAUAAAAGUUCCUAAUGACAAAAUCUCUCUGGAAUUGUGUUAUUUUAUUUAAUAUGCACGCGUUUAAUUGUUUUAAAGGGAAUAAUUCUUGAUAAAA